UAGCAGAACGUUUACGAGCGAGUCAGCUGAUUGUGGAGGAUUCACUAGGGACUCCAAUGAAACUAAGACCUACUGCGUCCAUCAUGCUGCGCCGUGUGUUUGCCAUUUCUGACCUCCAUGUUGACCACAGAGAGAACAUGGAAAUUGUCCAGCAGUGGUCCCCCCUGGACUACGAGAAUGAUGCACUGAUAGUUGCGGGCGACGUUACCGACUCCCUGCCUCUACUGCAACAGACACUCCAACAUCUGCAGCAGGUGUUCUUCAGGGUGUACUACGUUCCGGGUAACCAUGAACUGUGGAUACGGAAGCCCGAACUGGAGAAAGAUUCAAUCACUAAAUUUCACCAAAUAGUGACGUUGUGUAACGAGUUGGGUAUCGGGACCAAGCCCGAGUUACUGUGUGUGUCUCACAUGGCCGCAGUAUGGAUCGUGCCACUCUUCUCCUGGUACUCUACUCCACAGGAAGACCCAGAAGACUCGCUAUACGUGGCCCCUCAGAACCCAGUUGGUGAAGACAAGUCUGACCACAUGUGGAUGGACAACCAUAUGUGCGUCUGGCCAAGUUCCAAAGAAACACGGUCCAAAUAUUUUGCCGAUCUAAAUUCACAGACCUGUUCAAAACAAUAUGCAGACCCUGUCAUUUCAUUCAGCCAUUUCCUCCCAAGAACAGAUCUCAUCAAACCUUCUGACACGGAACUGGCAGAAAUUGAAACUGACCGGAAAAGACUUGGCCUUGAAAGUGCCGUUGAAGCCCACAAGAAAGGUCAUAUAAACCCACGAUCCUUCAACUUCACCCGCUUUGCAGGAUGUAAGGUGUUAGAAGCACAGAUUCGUCAGAUAGGUUCAUCUGUCCAUGUUUUUGGCCACCAGCAUAGGAACAAGGACCGUACUGUUGAUGGGGUCCGCUACGUGUCUCACUGUCUGGGAUACAAACGAGAGAGGGUGGCUGGGCUUGUCUCUGGCAUUGACGACUGUACCCCGAAACAGAUCUGGCCCAGCAUUGUGUAGUGUUUAGAUGUUGAUUGUUGACGUUGUGAUGCUAGUCUUGCUGACUAAGCCUGGGAGUUGAGUGUAUUGAUCAUUGGACUGGUUAUUUGUUGACUGACACACACACAGACAGUCAGAGACACUUGCAUGCACACUCACAGUCAGAGACACUUGCAUGCACACUCACAGACAGAGACACUUGCAUGCACACUCACAGGCAGUCAGACACUUGCAUGCACACUCACGCAGUCAGAGACAUUUGCAUGCACACUCACAGUCAGACACUUGCAUGCACAUUCACACAGAGAAACUUGCAUGCACACUCAGUCAGACACUUGCAUGCACACUCACACACAGUCAGAGACACUUGCAUGCACACUCAGUCAGACACUUGCAUGCACUCACAGACAGUCAGACACUUGCAUGCACACUCACACAGUCAGAGACACUUGCAUGCACUCACACACAGACAUGUGCAUGCACGCAUGCACAUACACAGAUAUAUAACAUGUAGGUUACAUAUUGUAACUCACAUUGUUUUAUGCAGUUGUUGAAUAUCAUAGAUGUUGAUACGAUAAUAAUCAUAUUUGACCUUGACCACACAGGCGUGUGUACAAUCAGCCAGCUGUAGUCACCUUGUUGAUAUUCAGGUUGUGGCAGUAUACUACUCCAGUAAGUAAAGAACACCAGAUUCUCCAUAUUACUAUUGUUAAUUAUUUCCUAACUUCUUUUGGGUGGAAUAUAUUUGAUUUUACCUUAUGUGUUUGUUUGCAAUAAAAUAGUGUCAGACUACA